AUGUCUUUCUCAAACACUUCCACCGGCAGCAAGCCCGCCGAUCCCUAUAAGGCAGCCAACCAGGACAACGAUGUCUCCGUCAAGGAUAAGGUCGAGGCCUUUGUCAGCUUCGCCGACAAGACCAAGUUUGCCAUGAUGACCACCAGAGAUGCAAAGUCUGGCGCUCUCGUCUCUCGCGCCAUGGCUCUGGCCGCAACGGAAAACGGCGGAAUUGAUCUGCUGUUCCACACCAACACCGAGUCCAACAAGACGGAUGAGAUUGACAGCGAUCCCCACAUCAACAUCUCCUUCAUCAACAGCUCAGGUGACUGGGCCUCCGUCUCUGGUGUCUCUAGCGUCAUUACCGACCGUUCGCUGGUAAAGAAGCACUACAGCCCUGCACUCAAGGCGUGGGUCGGUGACCUCGGUGACGGCACCCACGACGGCUCUGAGAACGAUCCCCGCAUCGGUAUCAUCCGCGUCAAGACCGUCAGCAUCACCUAUGCCCUCAGCAACGCUACCUUCAUCGGCAAGGUCGCCCAGCUGGCCGAGGGUGUUGUGACCGGCAGCCCGGCAAAGGUCAAUAAGUUGAGAGAAGUGUCCUCCCAGGAGGUCGAGCAGUACCGCUCAGCUUCCUCUUGA